CAGGGGGCGGGGCUUGUGUGGCGGCGUCACGGGGCGGGGCCUCGGGUGGCGGGAAGAGGAGGCGCGAGAAUGGAGGUGGAGGCCGUCUGCGGUGGCGCGGGCGAGCUGGAGGCCCAGGACCCUGCCCCUUCCUCCAGCAAGGCCCCCGGCAGCGCCGGCCACUACGAGUUGCCGUGGGUUGAAAAAUAUAGGCCAGUAAAGCUGAAUGAAAUUGUCGGGAAUGAAGACACUGUGAGCAGGCUAGAGGUCUUUGCAAGGGAAGGGAAUGUGCCCAACAUCAUCAUUGCGGGCCCGCCAGGAACUGGCAAGACCACGAGCAUUCUGUGCUUGGCCCGGGCCCUGCUGGGCCCGGCACUCAAAGAUGCCGUGUUGGAACUCAAUGCUUCAAAUGACAGGGGCAUUGACGUUGUGAGGAAUAAAAUUAAAAUGUUCGCUCAACAAAAAGUCACUCUUCCUAAAGGCCGACAUAAGAUCAUCAUUCUGGAUGAAGCAGACAGAAGGGCCAAUGUCCAGCACACACCAAUUCCAGAGUCCAUCUGGGCUGGGGCUGACUCAUCUAAGGGCUUGUGGCACGUGGAUCAGGGUGAUGCUGGCCUCCGCAGGGAAGCCUCACUGCUGUCCCGUCUCUGUUCAGAGCCCAUUCAGUCCCGCUGCGCAGUCCUCCGCUACACAAAGCUGACCGAUGCCCAGAUCCUCGCCAGGCUGAUGAAUGUUAUCGAGAAGGAGAGGGUACCCUACACUGAUGACGGCCUGGAAGCCAUCAUCUUCACGGCCCAGGGAGACAUGAGGCAGGUGCUGAACAAUCUGCAGUCCACCUUCUCAGGAUUUGGCUUCAUUAACAGUGAGAACGUGUUCAAGGUCUGUGACGAGCCCCACCCACUGCUGGUGAAAGAGAUGAUCCAGCACUGUGUGAAUGCCAACAUCGACGAAGCCUACAAGAUUCUUGCUCAUCUGUGGCAUCUGGGUUACUCACCAGAAGAUAUCAUUGGCAACAUCUUUCGAGUGUGUAAAACUUUCCAAAUGGCAGAAUACCUGAAACUGGAGUUUAUCAAGGAAAUUGGAUACACUCACAUGAAAAUAGCAGAAGGAGUGAACUCCCUUUUGCAGAUGGCAGGCCUCCUGGCCAGGCUGUGUCAGAAGACAAUGGCCCCGGUGGCCAGUUAGAGCAGAGACUUCGCUGACUGACUGACAGGAGCCCUAUCCUGAGGUACAGGAGCUGUGGCUUUCUGAUGGGGGAAAAUGCCGCCUUAGGCUGGAGCCAGCAUGACUGCCGUUUAAACUCCAGUGGCCGGCCAGGCGCGGUGGCUCACGCCUGUAAUUCCAGCACUUUGGGAGACUGAGGCAGGUGGAUCACCUGUGGUCAGGAGUUCGAUACCAGCCUGGCCAACAUGGGGAAACACUGUCUCUACUAAAAAUAUAAAACUUAGCUAGGUGUGGUGGCGGGCACCUGUAAUCCCAGUUACUCGGGAGGCUGUGGCAGGAGAAUCGCUUGAACCCAGGAGGUGGAGGUUGCAGUGAGCCAAGAUCACACCACAGCACUCCAGCCUGGGUGACAGAGAGAGACUCCGUCUGGGGGGAGAAAAUUUAAAUAAAUAAACUCCCGUGGCUU